AUGCUUUCAAGAGCUUCUGUACGCCAGUUAGGGCGAUCUAUCCAAAAUUCCCCCGUUGCUAUCACCCGGCCCGCCGCCGUAUUCGCACGAUGCUUCUCGAACCAAGGACCGUCGCUUGCGCAGCCCCCGCGGAGUUGGACACCGACGCCAUUCGUGACAGAGACAGUGGGAGGUGGCUGGCACACUUAUGAUAUCUUUUCUCGAUUAAUGAAGGAACGUAUCAUCUGCCUCAACGGCGAAGUCGACGAUACCCUCUCCGCAUCGAUAGUCGCACAACUUCUCUUCCUCGAAGCCGAUAAUCCUGCCAAACCAAUUCACCUUUACAUCAACUCCCCAGGAGGUUCAGUAACAGCCGGCCUCGCGAUCUACGAUACAAUGACAUAUAUCGCCUCUCCCGUGAGCACAAUCUGCGUUGGCCAAGCCGCCUCAAUGGGCUCUCUCCUUCUCGCCGGCGGCGAAGCAGGCAAGCGCUAUUGUCUCCCGCACUCCUCGAUCAUGAUACACCAGCCCUCUGGCGGCUACUUCGGACAGGCGUCCGACAUCGCUAUCCAUGCGAAAGAGAUCCUGCGCGUGCGCACUCAGCUCAAUGAGAUCUAUCAACGCCAUCUUACUGGCAAGAAGCAGUUGUCCCUUGAUGAGAUUGAGAAGCUUAUGGAGCGCGAUUACUUUAUGGGUGCUAAGGAGGCGCUCGAGUUGGGUGUUAUUGAUGAGAUUCUCGACCGUAGAGUCCAGGGGAAGGAGGGUUCUGGGGAAGAGUCUAAGCCUCCUACUGCAUAA